GGCCUGCAAACACUGUCCACUAGGAGUCCUACAUCUGCAAUGGACGUCCACACUGGACCUCCCAAAUACCUCUGCUCACUCCUUGCCCUAACUCAAGACAAGCAAAGACUUCUACAAAUACGAUGUCCAACCCACCACGCUCGCCUCUCCACCCCACAACCCAACUCGCCAUCUCCGCAACCAACGUCCCUUUCCACUUCCUCAACCGUCUAUUCUCCCCCACCACACGCUUCAUCCUAUCUACGUGCACCCUCAUCCACCGCCUCACCAAGCAAAACUACAUCUUCCUCUGCAUCUUCCUCCUGCACCUAUGGGACCUCUUCAAAGCCUCCCCACCAAUCCGCCCCCUCGCGCAGCACUGGAAACGCAUCGCAACCGGUCUCCUCUUCGCGUGCUGCAGCACCCCCGCCUCGCUCAUCCUGCACGCCAGUAUCCCGCCCUUCCGCGCCUACUGGGCCGACCAGUCGCCCAAAACGCGCACCGAGGCCGCGCAGCGGCUCGCGCUUGGGGUUCGUGUGGAAACAGCACCGGUAUGGGAAGUACCGCGCGAGUAUGCGGAAGCUGGGGCGUGGGUACUGGGCUGA